AUGAAUUACGAAUUUGAGCGAGAGAUUGGUUUUAUCAAUAGCCAGCCGUCGCUCGCUGAGUGCCUGACAUCUUUUCCCCCUGUCGCUGAUACAUUUCAAAGUUCAUCAAUCAAGACCUCGACGCUUUCACACUCGACACUGAUUCCUCCUCCUUUUGAGCAGACCAUUCCCAGCCUGAACCCGGGCAGUCACCCUCGCCACGGCGCUGGCGGCCGCCCCAAGCCGAGCCCCGCGGGCAGCCGCGGCAGCCCAGUGCCCGCCGGCGCCCUGCAGCCGCCCGAGUACCCCUGGAUGAAGGAGAAGAAGGCGGCCAAGAAAACCGCGCUGCCGCCCGCCUCGGCCGCCGCCGCCGCCGCCACCGGCCCUGCCUGCCUCAGCCACAAAGAAUCCCUGGAAAUCGCCGAUGGCAGCGGCGGGGGCUCCCGACGCCUGAGAACUGCUUACACCAACACGCAGCUUUUAGAGCUGGAGAAAGAAUUUCAUUUCAACAAGUACCUUUGCAGACCCCGAAGGGUGGAAAUUGCCGCGCUGCUGGAUCUGACUGAGAGACAAGUGAAAGUGUGGUUUCAGAACCGGAGGAUGAAGCACAAGAGGCAGACCCAGUGCAAGGAGAACCACAACAGCGAAGGGAAAUUUAAAAGCCUGGAAGACUCUGAGAAAGUGGAGGAGGACGAGGAAGAGAAGUCGCUCUUUGAGCAAGCCCUGAGCGUCUCCGGGGCCCUUCUGGAAAGGGAAGGUUACACUUUUCAGCAAAAUGCCCUCUCUCAGCAGCAGGCUCCCAAUGGACACAAUGGCGACUCCCAAAGUUUCCCAGUUUCGCCUUUAACCAGCAAUGAGAAAAAUCUGAAACAUUUUCAGCACCAGUCACCCACUGUUUCUAACUGCUUGUCAACAAUGGGCCAGAACUGUGGCUCAGGCCUAAACAAUGACAGUCCCGAGGCCCUCGAGGUCCCCUCUUUGCAGGACUUUAACGUUUUUUCCACAGAUUCCUGCCUGCAGCUUUCAGAUGCAGUCUCGCCCAGUUUGCCAGGUUCCCUCGACAGUCCCGUAGAUAUUUCAGCUGACAGCUUUGACUUUUUUACAGACACACUCACCACAAUCGACUUGCAGCAUCUGAAUUACUAAAAACAUUAAAGCAAAACAAAGCAUCACAAAAACAAAAACCCCUUUGGCCAGGUGGUUUUGCCUUCUUUUAUUCUGAGAGUUGAUUUUUAUUUUCUUUUCUUCCUGACCUACCCUCUCUCUCCUCUAAAUGUGGAAGAUACUCUGUUUAGUGAUUUUCCUGGUCCAGUUUCAGAGCCAUCUUUUACAGAUUAUUUUGGAGUUUUAGUUGUUCUAAAUCUAAUCCAACAUCCCUCUAUGUGAUUUGCUGAAAGCAAUAUAUGAGGCCUGCAAGAAAGUGAUCAUAUAAUUGUAUCUUCACUUUCUUUUUAUUUUUGUAUUACAUUAGGAUGCAUUGUCAUGAGUAUUUUUGGUAGAAUAAAUUCUCAUUUGCU